AACUUAUCGCGCAGGGUGAGGAUGAGAUGCGAGCGUUGCACUCCGGGCGGAGGGAAGCCGUCGUUCCAAGAAAUCCUGAUCUCCGAUUCAAUUACACCACGAAAACAUGUAAGCCUUCAUCAAUCCGUUGGUUUAGGGUUUUUCAAGGUUGAUUCCUUCGAAUCUCGUCGUCUCGGAGGCGGCGCCUUUUGGUUGCGGUGGUAAAUUUGGUCUCCGACCUUUUUGGGUUGAAUCUGCUCUUCUACAUUUACGCAUUAAUUAGAUUUUAUUUAGAAUGAUCAUUACUUCGUGCUGCAAAUGAUUCCCCUGAUUAAACUGGUGCUGCUGGUUGCAGAGAAGCGGCUGAUGAUGCAGGUUGAGGACCCUAUUGAUUAAUAAGUAUCUAUGUGAUUGAGAAGCCAUGGUCAAUCUUGUUGAAAAUGUACUUUAAUUUAAACUUCAUGGUUUUAGGACUUACAUAUUUAACUCUUGUGCGGCCUUUAUUUUUCUUUCUGUUUCUAUUCUUUUCUUGGAAAAAAAUAUGAAGCCAACUUGCAGGUCAAAGUCAUCUAAUUUAGAUGGUGAACUUUGGAUGAUUGUUGGCAAAAAUAAGGAUGCAGUUCUCUAUGCCUCUUAAAGCUCUUUUGUUUGGAUAGGCUUUGAGUAAGCUGCUACAUUCUACUCCAUGUUAGAUUUGUUAGAGUGAUUGGUGUGGGUACCAUUUUGGAGGUUUCUUCAUAUUUUAUUUUUGUUUAUAUCCUUCGUUUUGAAAGUUAAGCUAAUUUGCGGGUCAAAGUCAUCUAAUUUUGACGGUGAACUUUGGAUGACUGUUGGCAAAAACAAUAAUGCAGUUCUCUGUGCCUCUUAAAACUCUUUUGUUUGGAUAGGCUUUGAGUAAGCUGUGACAUUCUACUCCAUGUUAGAUUUGUUAGAGUAAUUGGUGUAGGUACCACUGUGGAGGUUUCUGCAUAUGAUCUUUUUGUUUCUAUGCUUUGUUUUGAAAGUCAAGAAGCCAACUUGCAGGUCAAAUACAUCUGAUUCAAAUGGUGAACUUUGGAUGAUUGUUGGCCAUUUCGGAUACCAGGUCCAUCUUGGAGAUUUGUCGACAUGAUACAUAUUGGUCUGUACCAGUGUACUGACAUAUGGUAUGCUGUGGCAUGCCGAAGGGGACUCGGGUGAGCUGUCUCGAUGGCGACUCGGACUGAUAUGUACCAUCCGUACCAUAUUGACUCGGGCGGUACAGCAAACCUGCUGCAAAAAUAAGAAUAUGUGGAAAUAAACAAUAGGCUUGAUGGCUAAAGGAGACCGCCCAAAAUUGAGAAGGUUCAAAUGGAAGAUUUGAUGAGAUUUCACUAUCAACUGCCACCUGAACAAUAGCUUGCUAAUGAUGAGUACCAAGUUCUUAGAGAUGCAAAAAAUUAGGGAGGAGGAGAACUUUCUUGAGAGACUACAUAAACUUCAGCUAGGUAUACCUAAUACACUAAAUGUGAUUUCAAAUAUUCCUUUUCUCUUCGUUGGCAUUGUCGGGCUUACACUCUGCUUCUAUAGAAACUAUUUUAGGUUAAGAUUGCAAGGUGAAAUUUGGGGUUGGUCAAUUUUCUUUCUUGGUGUGACUGCUGUUGCAUUUGGUUCUUCCUAUUACCACCUCAAGCCAAACGAUGCUCGGCUUGUUUGGGAUCGGCUACCUAUGACUGUAGCAUUUACAUCUAUUAUGGCAAUCUUCAUCAUUGAGAGGGUUGAUGAAAAGACUGGAACAACAUCAAUUGCACCCCUUGUUAUUGCGGGUAUACUUACCAUCUUGUAUUGGAGAUUUUUCGAUGAUUUACGCCCUUAUGCACUCAUCCAGUUCCUUCCUUGCAUCAUUAUACCUUUAAUGGCUAUACUAAUUCCACCAAUGUAUACACAUUCUUCGUACUGGCUAUGGGCAGCAGGAUUUUAUCUCUUGGCUAAAGUAGAAGAAGCUGAAGAUAAACAGAUUUACAAAUGGACAAAUCACAUUGUCAGUGGGCAUACUCUUAAGCAUCUUUUUGCGGCAAUGGUUCCAGUUUUCUUGACACUCAUGCUUGCAAAAAGAGACAUUGAGCCUGAGAGGAGGAGUUUGCUUCAGAAAUGGAAGAUCUAUUGGAUCAGAAUAAAAGAAAGUGGGUUAAAGGCUGAAAGAUUGGAAUGCGAGUACUCUGAAGUUUCAACGACGGUCUAAUGGUAAAAAUAUGUUUAGUCAUUGACAGUCAUAGACAAAGUGGUUUCCUUUGUUAUGUGAAAUCCCCCAUUGAGCGUAGUCAUAUGUAUCCUCAAAUAGUUGGGACAACAUUGUGUUGUAUUUGUUGUAAUGUACUCAAUAUGUAUACAGUACAGAAAGCUGGUUUAUACAUGUUAUGCCCCUGGAACAUGUAUUAUUAUGUCACCCAAAAUAACUUGCCACAAGCUUCUGUGUCACCAGUCACUGACAUAGUUGAUCUUGUACAGUUGUUUACCCUAUUGUACAACAGUUCCUAAUGUCAGAAUAUUGUAACGUUGAUCAAUGUUAAAGUUCAAACUAUUCAGACA